UCCUCUCACCAAUGUGAAGAAUAUCAACAAGCUGAAUGAGCUAGAAGCCCAGUAUGGUGUAUCCAGUACUGCUUCGUGGCAUCAGCAGUACAAGGACAGUGCGUAUAUCUUUAUUGGAGGAAUGCCCUUCGAGUUGACGGAGGGAGAUGUCCUGUGUGUAUUUUCACAGUAUGGAGAGAUUGUGAACAUCAACCUGGUGCGGGAUAAAAAAACAGGGAAGUCCAAGGGAUAUUGCUUCAUUGCCUAUGAGGAUCAACGGAGCACCAUUCUAGCAGUGGAUAAUUUCAAUGGUAUUAAGCUGAAGGGAAGGACAUUGAGGGUAGAUCAUGUGUCAGAGUAUCGCAAGCCCAAGGAUGACGAGGAGUUGGAUGAUGCAACUAAGAAGCUGAGAGAAGAGGGAUGCGCUCCAAAGACACCUCCAACAUCUGAUGAAGAGGAAUUAGUUCUACCAAUGAAAGGAAAUGAGAGACCAGCAAAGAAGAAGAAAUCAAAGAAAGAAAAGAAGGAGAAAAAAAAGAAGAGGGCACCCGAUAGCGACGACAGCGAGUCAACCUCUGAUGUGAAAAUCAAGAAGGAAAAAGAUGAGGACUAUAGAAAAAAGAAAGAAAAGACAAAGCGGGGAGAUGAUAGGAGGAUAGUGGAUGGUUCUGAACAUAAAGGAAGAGGGGAGAGCAUGAGGAGAUACGACGAUAACGAAGCUAGGAGUUCAUACCAUUCUACAAGAUACGAGGAUGAUGAAACCAAAGUUAAGAGAAGAGAAGGCGAACAGAAGGAUCGGAAUGGUCGUUUGGAUAGGGAACGAGAGGAAAAACCAAGGAUGGAUAAAAGAGAAAGGGAAAGAGAAAGGAGGGAUUUGGAUGGAGAGAGGGAAAGUGAAAGAAGGAGAGAUAGAGAGGAACGGAGGAAUGAUAGAAGCGGAGAGAGAGAAGACAAAAGAGAUAGGAGGGAUAGAGAUAGAGAAAGGCAACGAGACAGCAGAGAUAGGGAUGGGGAAAGAGAAAGAGAUAGGAGGGAUAGAGACAGGGACAGGUACAGAUGAUUAUGAUAAAUGUGAAAUGAAACAGACUUUCUUGCUGGACCUCUGUGGUAUAGUGGUUCCUUUGGUUGGUCCUCAUUUGAGAGAUUGAGGGUUCAAAUAUCUGCCCAAUGUGAUUGUCCUUAUAUACUACAUUUUACAGUUUCUUUUGACCCAGGAAUGUAAUAGAUACCUGUCAGGAUUAAUCUUGAAAUGCAAUUGGUAUAGUGGUUCAUUCACUUGACUCUCAAUCUAAGGUUGAGGGUUCGAAUCCCAGCCUAGCACCAACGUCCUAAGGCAAGACAUUAAUCCAUAUCUGCCACUCUCCACCCAGGUGUUAAAUGGGUACCUGGUAGGAUACGAAAGUUGUUGUAGUUAACUCUGCAUUGUGAGCAUCUGUAAGCUGGUGCCUGGCUCUUAUGCUCCCCAGGGAGUGGAGAAUGUGUAUACAUUGUGUGUGGAUAAGCCUAAAUUCGAUGGCGAGGCUAAUGAUAUGUACUUCUAUAUGUAAAGCCCUUUGAUAGAGACUAUAUUGAUGCUAUAUGAACCUAGAAUAUUUUUAUUAUUUUCAGGUCGUUUGUUGACAUGAUACAUGUGCUUAACCAAAAAUAGAGUCAUUAUUCUUGUCAACAUUUUAUUUUAUUGAGCAAGACUGAUCCGAUAGGAGGGUUGAAGAUGAAUUUCGAGUGGAGAUGUCUGAAUUUGUAAUGCUGUGAAAGAGAAAGGAAAAUCAGCGAGAAGACACAGAAGAAGAAAAGGCAAAGAUGACCAACCGUAACGAAGAUGGAAAGAUUUUGAUUUGGAAAAAGAAGCCAAGUAGAGGUUUUAAACGUUCCAUAUAGUGUAAAUCUAUAUAAAAUUGCAUGGCCAUGAUGAGCAAGAUGUCAGAGGAUAUUGCACAAGCUAAUGAGCAUUUUCUCAAGAUUGCUCAACGAGUGAAAUAUUUUAGAGAGGAGAGUGCGAUAUAUUUUCCCAAGUCACACAAAAGUAAAGCCAUUCAGUUUUCAUCAAAAUUAAAAUUAGGUGAAA